AUGUUGCUGCACGUGGAGUGGGCGUGCUUCCUGCUCUAUGCAGCCGCUGGAAUCGCCGGCGUGCUUCUGAUCCCGAAGAGACCCAGGUCGACCUCCGGCGCUUCGGCCACAAGACGUGCCAUGCUGCCGGGAAUGAGGAGUCGGCGGCAGUUGGCACUCGGCCUUUGCAUCGCGAAUGCUGUGCGUUGUUUCAGCUUGUUCUUGGAGAUCGAGAACCGGGAAGGACGUUUGACAGAUCUGCUACAACAGCUGGGUCCGACCCAGAUGCAGUGGCUGUGGGACUUAAUUUCUCUGUGUCCGACUGUGGUGUAUCUGUCAGCUUUCUCCAUAGUCGUCUCGUUUUUCGCACAGCUCCACUACGCCAUCAACGUGGUUCCACUUCCGCUGUUGGACUGCCUGGUGGUGUGCGUCAAUAUCGCGUGCUACUUUCUAGUGGUGGCCGUCGCUGUUUGCACGUAUUUGCUGUGUGCGUAUCACCACCUCCGAGCAUAUCUUUCGUGCAUCAUCGGCUUCCUCUACGUCACGCUGGCAUGGUCAAUGCUGUACUACGGGCUGAUGGUGGUGACGCAGCUCGCUGAGAUUUGUCGAAAAGACCCUCCCGUGCGAAUGCUCAUCACCAGAGUGGGCGUCGUCUCCGUUUUCUGCCCGGCACUCUUUCUGGUCAGAGCGGUCUGCCUGCUCGGCUGGGGAAGCUCCAUGGCUGCCCCGUCCACGGGAGUUGACCUGCUGCUUGCGCUUUGCUCUGAGUGGCUGCCAACAGUUGUGGUGAUAGCGUGCCUCAUCCCGAUUUCGACCUCUGACUUCCCAGAGGAGCUCACAGUUGACUCUGAGUCGGAUCCGGACUCUCCGGGAACGGAGGGGCCAGCGCUGCACGAGCCGCUGAUGGCAAGGGAGUCUGGAAUCGGCGACAACUGGACCGGUGGAGACGUGACGCGGUCGUGGCGACUGCGAGGAGACAACCCCCAACAAGCGACAAGCUACUUCUCUUGCUGCAACCUGGGAAAGCGAUCCCUGGCCGUAGAUGCAUCCACAGACCGCGGCCGAGACCUCUGCAGGCGCUUGGCCAUCUCGUCAGACGUUGCAGGCGGCUCAGCGCAACGCAUCUUGCACUCUUUUGAGAGGGCCAACGAUGAGAAGGGGCAAGAUGUGCGUUUGGCAAACAUCUUGGCCGCGAAGGCAGUGUCGGACACCGUGAGGACCUCGCUUGGACCUCGGGGCAUGGACAAGAUGAUCCAGGAGCCGAAAGGCGAGGUGCUGAUCUCAAACGAUGGUGCCACCAUCUUGUCGAAGCUGAAGCUGCAACACCCAACUGCAAAGAUGAUGGCCGAGCUGUCCAAAGCGCAGGACAUCGAGGCUGGCGAUGGCACUACCUCCGUGGUCGUCAUUGCUGGAGCUUUGCUCGGUGCAGCAGAGCGGCUGCUCAAGAAGGGAAUUCAUCCGCAGACUAUCACCGAGGCAUUUCUGCAGGCAGCCCACAAGGCCGAGGAGGUCCUCGAUGCGGUUGCGCAGCCAGUUGAUUUGGCCGACCGCGAGCAAAUUCUCCAGGCCGCCAUCACCUCGCUGAAUUCGAAGGUUGUCUCCCAGGAGUCCGAAACCUUAGCGCCGAUCGCAGUCGAUGCGGUGUUGAAGGUAACAGACCCGAAGUCAGCAAAAAACGUUGACCUCAACGACAUCAGACUGGUGAAGAAGCUGGGGGCAACCACGGACGACACCGAGUUGGUCGAAGGCCUUGUCCUUUCCCAGAAAGCGUCCAGGUCUGCCGGAGGCCCCACGAGAGUGCAGGAUGCCAAGAUCGGGCUGAUCCAGUUCUGCCUCUCGGCCCCAAAGACAGACAUGGAGAGCAACAUUCAGGUCCGCGACUAUGCGCAGAUGGAUCGCUUGCUGCGAGAGGAGAGAACACUGCUGGCCAAGAUGGUGAAGCAAGUCGCCAAAACUGGCUGCAAUGUCUUGCUCGUUCAAAAGUCCAUUUUGCGAGAUGCCGUCACAGACCUCUCAUUGGACUUUUGUGCCAAGGCCAAGAUCAUGGUUGUCAAGGACAUUGAGCGAGAGGACAUCGAGUUCAUCUCCAAAAUUUUGGGUGUAGAGGCUGCGGCGACGCUCGACACCUUUACACCGGACAAGCUGGCGAAGGCCAACCUUGUUCACGAGGAGAAUUUGGGCACAGAGUUGGGCAGCAUCGUUCGCUUCACCGGCCUGCAGACUUCCAAGGGUGGUUGUGUGUCUGUGCUGGUCCGUGCAUCCAACCAAAUGCUGCUGGAUGAGACAGAAAGAUCAAUCCACGAUGCACUCUGCGUGGUGCGAAGUCUUGUGAAGAAGAAGGCGCUCAUCGCCGGUGGAGCAGCGCCCGAGAUGGAGGUGGCGCAGAAGCUGGAAGCCUGGGCCAGGACGGUGGGCGGCAUCACGCAGGUUUGCAUCGAGCACUAUGCUGAAGCGCUAGAGCUUGUUCCCUACACACUUGCAGAAAAUGCAGGGAUGCAGCCCGUGGAGAUCGUCACGCAGCUUAGAGCCGCUCACGCAAACGGUGAGAAGUUCGCCGGGAUCAACGUGAAGAAAAGCUGCAUCAGCAAUAUGUUCAAAGAGAAUGUGGUGCAGCCGUUGCUGGUGUCGACGAGUGCCAUGAACAUGGCCACAGAAACUGUGCGUAUGAUCCUGAAGAUCGACGACAUUGCCUCGGGGCACUUGGUUUCUCAUGGUAUCCAGAGGGAAGUGGGCCGACAUGUGGAGAUGAAGAGGUCAUUGCCUCCUACAAGCCCGGGGAUGAUGUCAAGCUCGGUCUGGACGCUGCGCGGCUGCGUGCCAAGGCGCCGCGUCUCAUCUAUGACGCUCGGCAUCAUCACCGAGUGCGCAUGCUACAAGCUACUGUAG